AUGGCCACCUCGCACCAAACCGGAUCACGCACAAUGUCACAACACCUGCCGCCGCUCGCCGCGGAGGACCAGGCCCUCCUCGCGGGCGCCACCAUGAUCGGGCUCGUCGGCGGUCCCGGUUCCGGCAAGGGCACGCAAUGCUCCCUCCUGGUCCAGGACCCGGAGCUCGAGUCCACCACAGCCCACAUCAGUAUCGGCGACAUUAUGCGGCGGGAGGCCGACGCGGGCGGCGAGCACUCGGCCGCCAUCAGGCAGUGGCACGCCGAGGGGGUCCUGGGCGACGUCAACGUCACCAUGGCCGUGCUGAGGAGGGUGCUCCUGGAGCACGUCAAGGAAAAGGGCACCAGCGUGUUCCUUCUGGAUGGCUUUCCGAGAGCCACGGACCGACUGGCCAUGUUUGAGCAACACAUCGCUCACAUGGCAUGUCUGCUGGUGCUUCGGGUGCCCGACGAGAUCAUGAUGGACCGCCUCGCAAAGGCCAGUCGCGGCCGCGCAGACGACAUGUCUCUAGAGUCAAUCAAGGCCCGCAUCGACACCUUCCAUCAGCGAACGCAGCUAGUGAUCUCGCAUUUCUCACACAUCAUGGGCACGGUUAUUUUCCUCGAUGGAGACAUGGAGGUUGAGGAGGUGUUCCACCACAUGAAGCACUGGGUCAAGAACAUCAUCUACGAUGUGGCACAUUCUGAAGACUCACGGUAUCUUGCUUCCCGCGAUAUAGCUGUUCACUGCCGCCGAAGGGCUGCUGCGCUUGAGAUGGGACAGCGUGAAGAGAGGAAUUAGCGCAGACUAUGGGGUGAUCCUGCUCCUAGGAGGUUUCCGAUAAGCCGGUAAGGGAAAGGGGUCAAGCGUUGGUACAACACUCAAACCAAGCAGGAAGUGAACAACAACUCUAGCCCAUGAGAUUGAACACUGCGGCCCCGUGAAACUCUGCGCAUAGAGAGAUGAAAAGCAAUAGAUAGAACCCCAAUCCAACACUCAUAGCACAGCACAGUAAUCAACCAAGAGAAGGUUUACGAUUACCUUACGCUUUUAAUGUC